UUGUCUCAGGAGGAAUUAGCUGACCUUCUAGCUGACGUCUCCAAGGAGGGUGGCCAGCUUGAUCAACUGGCUUGUGGAGGAGUUUGCCCACCAUCUGAAUUGGAACCACUACCUUUAGUUAAUAACGUGAGCCUCUCUGAAGGAAUCGUCUUUACUCCACAGAACGUAACCGAGAUGUCCCUGAUGCAAGAACAACGACAGGCCGCCUUAGCAUCUGUCAUGGCCCCACCGGCUCCAGCAACCCUCUACAACGAAACCACCAUGCCGAGCAUGUGGGUUCAACAAGCAGAAAUUACGCCGAAUGAUAUAUAUCCCAACAAUGGUUACAUGACCUUUCAAAACGACACUGGGACUCAGGUGAUAUCUACUGGAAGCCAGUAUGAUCAUCAGUAUCUAGGCAAUAUUCCCAGUGAUCAGUGUGAUGAGGUGAGGCUCCCUCGCGAGGCAAGGAAGUUCACAAACAAGUUUGUUCGCUGCUUUAGAACACUGCCACUAGAACAUUGCCUGCAUAUGAUCCGUACUAUGCGGCGAGGACCACUUCUUUCAGCAAGUGGGCUCAAAAGAAACAUUUCAGUGAAUCCUCAUCGGUGUGCUCUUCUUCAUCGACGGCGGCCUCGCCCCAUUACCAUAGUGAAACUGAAAAUUACAGUCCUCAUGCGAGCAGGUGGGUUUCGAGUGAGAUUACGUCUUAUCUUCAGAUAUUUUGGCAAGCUAGCGCCACGAGAAAUUGAAGAGCCAUCGAUGUAUCCAAGAACAGUUUGUGGAUCCAAUGGUGAUAACAGUGUCUCACCUACUCUUGCCAACAUGCCACGACGACGUGGUCGUCAGUCGAAAGAUGAGCAGCUGGCAGCUGCUAACCGACUGCCACUGUCUGCCCGUGAAAUUUCUGAGAUGACCUUAGGAGAACUGCAUAAAGUGCUCAAGAAUGAGGAUCUCACUGAACAACAAAAGCAAUUGAUUCGCAAGAUUCGUAGAAGGGGAAAGAACAAGGUAGCCGCGCGUACUUGUCGUGAACGACGUGGUGAACGUCAGCGAAACAUGCGUGAAAAUGAAUCGUGGACCGUUCCGGUACGCAUAUUUUAA